AUGGAGAAAGACCAAGAUCGGUACACCGCCACUCUUCUCGAGUUCGCGCAACAUUACAUUGCCGUUGCCGACAUUAAACUCGAAGUCAAAGGUAUCGGAUCGCUCUACCCGUUUGAUAACUCCUGUGGCUACACCUUGGGCCCUAUCACGAGCAUGGGCACUUUCAUGCGGCCCGAGCCUCCUUACUUCUUGGGCCCGUUCAAAACGCUGAAAGAGCGUUAUGUUGCCCAUAUAGAUCAAGCACUGUUCCACAUCAGGAGUACAUCCUUCUUUAUGCUUUAUCCGAUCCAGGUCUAUUUGUGGCUGCUGGAGCUGCUAGACAUGAUUGCAGAAUGUGAGGUCCUCGCCCGCGAAGAGGAAGAGAUUUACAUCCGCCACGCCGAUGACUGGUUUCGACAGUCUAUGAGGGAUAGUGAAGGCCAUCUGACGGGUUGCCUGGACUGGGAGGCCUACGCCACUACUAAAGCUGAAGCUUUCUCAUCACUGCUUCACCUCCAUCUCAAAGAAGCCUGGGACGAAGGCGACAACGCCCUCAACUCUGGCGAGCUCCUGAUGAUUGGGUGCUUUGGCAAACUCGGUCGAUCCGACCUCGGAGAGUGUAUUCGCAACGGCCGACUGUACGCCCGUCUCGAAGAGGCCCUGCGUGUCGACCAGGAUCUCUUAGGCUAUAUCAAUCGUCGAGGCAACGUCAAUGGACUCCUCGACGCUUUCAGAGCUCGAGGGCAAGAAGUCCCCGGUCCCUUUGAAAGCAAUGAAGAGAUGAAAGCCUGGAUCGGAAGUCUGGAGAAGAAACGCGAGGACAAUGGCGAGCUGGAUGAGGUCAGAAGUGCGUGGGAAGAGUAUGAUAAUGCCAGGAGGGGGGUGGAUGCGAAAUUUGAAGGAAUCAUGGACGCUGUGAUUGAAGAAGAGUACAAAAGGCUCGGUUUGAUGGAGGAAGAUGGCGUUACAGUAAGCGACUGA